CUCUGCGCAGGUGGCAGUCGCUAUUGAGUUUUGAUUGCGGUUAAAGCUCACACUAUUUACGUAUUUUGACUAAGAUAGUAUUUUAUGAUAACCUUAUAAAUGAUUCGGUCAUUUUAAUUUACAAUUUUGAUUGCGAAGUGAUAAUGAUCGAAACGCUAGCGCAACAUAUCUGUAGCGUUCAAUUCAUUCGCAUUCAAGGCUUUUUGCAAAAUUACGUCAUUUCUCGCCGAAAGAUAGGUGUGCACACAUUUAUAGACGGAAAGUAAACUUUUAUUUAGUUUAAAUAUUUAUCCGCUUUUGUUUGGAGAAGGCUAGUUUAAUUAUUAUAGCCACUAAAUCUUGUUGACCAUUCUUUUACAGAGUUAAGAACGAAAAUAUUCAUGUUUCUUUAUUUUCGUUUCCGUAUAAAUUGCCAUGGAAAAGAAUUGGAUUAAACUUAGAGUGAAAACAAAUAAAUGUUUAAGAACUGUUUCGCUAGUUUUCUUUACCAUUGUUAUUUGGAUAACUAUUGAAACCAUCUUUGAUUUCAGUUGUAUCCACAGACUUAGACUACACGACAUACUUCCGGACAACCAGAUACCGUACAAUGACCCACUUAUUGAGUAUGAACCGUGCACAAUGAUCCCACACGCUCCAAAAGGAACCAUAUGGCCGGAAGAAGAGUUCAGGCAUGAUACUGAACCAGAUAGCAUUUUAGAGUUGGCCGAUCCAUUAAAGUCUAAGGCAUGGAUUGAAGGAAGAACUGUUGCCAUCGUCGGUGACACAGUGACUGUUAGAGUAGUACUAUAUAACGGAUAUGGACAGAGGAAGCAACAAGGAGGAGAUCUUAUAAGAGUUUGGAUGAAAGAACCAAGUCUUGGCGCAAGUUCAACUGGUCAUGUAAUUGAUAAUAAAAAUGGAAGUUAUUCUGCCAUUCUAACAGCCUUCUGGGAAGGUAAACCGGAAAUCGUUAUUGCAAUCAUUUCACCAAGGGAGGUGAUAUCAACAGCUUUCAAAAGACGUUACUGGUGUCCGCCUGUGCUCAUGAAUACAGCCAUCUUUACACACCCAGUCGUGACGUCAGUUGUUGAAGAAACCCCGUGCAAUUACGUCAGUCAAGUACCCGGAUAUAAAGAGUUGUGUAAUUUUACUCAAGAAAAUUAUGGCCGCCCAUGGUUUUGUGGAAAACCGAGACAUCAGCGGCUCAUGUGUCAGGACUGGACAAUGGUUGCCGACGUCAACCUCUGGCAAAGAGGAGAAGAAAAGCGCCUGUUGUCAAACAUUGAAUAUGACCUCAUGACGCUAAACUAUACAGCAAGGAAAUUAGAUUCGAAAUUAAUAUUGACUGUUACGACAGGCAAGAGCAAUCAAUCUGUAUUAGUCCCCUUGGCCAAAUGUGCUGACGUCACGAAAGAAUCCUCAUGGGAAACAAUAUCACCAACUGGUUAUUUCUACCGUCGCCGAUGGACAAACAAAAUCUGCCGGACUACUUUCAAUCUGACAAAUAAAAGUAGCCGGGCUACUUUCAAUUUGACAAAAACCGAAACGUGCCUUCGUAAUACAAGUCUGAUACUCAUUGGCGACUCUACUCUUAGACAGAUUUUUUCUGAGCUCGAAUCUCUGGUGUCAUGUAAUUGGAUCACAGAUCAUUGGUCCACUAGUGGCAAACAUCGUCCAGCAAUCUGUGUAAAUAGGUCACAAAAUUUCAGUCUCACUUGGGAGCUUCAUCCACUUCCGUUUUGCACACGGAACACGCCGAGACACUAUUUUAAGUCAUUUGGCGCAUACCUAAAUGAACUACAAAGUCACUCUAGAACAAUAAUUGUUUUACAUAUGUAUGCACAUGUCCUUAACCACCAUUCUAGUGUAUUUUUUGAAACCUUAAAAGAUAUGAAAAAGGGUAUUAUUGGGCUUUUAGACAGAAAUAAAAACGCGCAUGUGAUAAUAAAAGGACCAAAUGCGUACUCUUUUUCCAAAUCAACUGAUCAUGUGAUAUGGAUGCCAGACGCUUAUUCUAGAAUUUAUCAAGCGUUUAUCAUCAAUGAGUUUAAAGAUGUAAAAGACAGAGUUAUUUACCUUGACACAAUGGAUAUGACAGUUUCAAGUGAACAGUGGCAUAUACAUGUUGAGAAUUAUGUUGUUCAGGCGUACAUCGAACAAAUAUUAAAUCGAAUUUGUACUUUUUAAAGAUAUACAUUGGUCAUCUUUGGGUGAAAUACCUUUAUUGCAGAACUUUGUAAUCAAGAAAGUUUUACUAAUUAUUUCUAUAUCUACAAACCAUGUUUUGGAAGCUGCAUUCCCUAUAAAUACACUUGUUAUUAUAUAUAGUAACAAAAUUGCCUAUGAUUUUAACUCAUUAUGAGUGUCACGUGUCAACUUAAAGUCAUAAUCGGCCCGCUCAACACGAGUACGUGUACAAACUGAAACAAUGACGUCUCAUUUUACUCAUCAACUAGCUGUAAAAGUGAAAGUGGGUUUAAACACAGAUAAUAUGUUUCUUCUUUCUUGUCUUAUCGAGUAUCUUUGAAGCUGUAAAAAAACUCUAUAUUGUGCUUUUGUCGAUGAAUAAUAUAAAAGGCAACUUUCUUAAUGUCAUUAAAAGAAUGUAUGAAAAUGCAAUGUCGUGCGUCUAUGUAAAUGGUAUGAAUCUGACUUUCUAUAUGCAAUAUAGGCGUUAGACAAGGGGAAAAUUUAUCUCCCCUGCUGUUCUCAUUCUAUUUAAAUGACCUACUUAAAUUUAAACCCUGUACAAAAGAAUAAAUUUUUAUGGUUAACAAAUAGCAAAAACAUUUUUAUUACAUGCGUAAGUGGUAUUUGGACGCACCAAAUGGUUAUCAACUACUGUACAACAGAAACUUUCUGAUCUUUUCUUGAAUGAUUGGUACUCAAAUAUUGAAAAUUCGAGCAAAUGUGCAAAUUACAAACUUUUUAAAACAAAAUUUAAAUUACAGAGAGAAUUCCAUUAUCUCUUCGAAUGUUCUUUUUGUAAGGCACUCGUAAGCGCUUGUUAAAAGCAAAAUAUUACAACAGACCGAAUAUCAUUAUUUAUAAAGAAUUAAUGGAAAACAAGCGUUUAAAAAAAAGUGGAAUAUAGAAAAUUUUGUGAAUUUGUUAAAGAAAUAAUUUGUUUAUAUACUAACUGAAAAUAUUGGGUUAAACAAUUUUGUUUAUUCUCCCGUUGUUAUUACUGGUGAGAAAUAUCUUGAGAAAUAUCAUGUAUUUUUUUCUCUUCUUCUUCUUCUUUUUCUUCUUCUUCCUUAUUUUGAUUGAAAUAACGUACAUACUUAGCAAGUUUAAAAUAUAUAAUGCCAUAUGAACAAUUAUGUAUGAUUUUUUUUCAUUCACCGUUCUUGAGAAUGACACUAUAAAUUAGAAUAUGUUAUGUUAUGUAUUUAUUGCGCAUGUCUUGAGUGAAAUAAAGAUAUUAUAUUGUA